GGGCCCUGUUGAUGUGGCUUAGAAUGGCCAGAUGGAAGUUGGGCAAUUGAACUAGGCGAUAUUUGGUGGAAAAAUCGGAUUUUUUCAUAGGCUAGGGCCUUGGCAGGAUUUGCCUUUGUAUCCAAGGCCCAAAUAGACGGUUGAUACGGUCCCAGUAUGCCUUCUCUAUUACUAAGGAUAUCGUUCUCGAUUUAAUAGAUAUCGAUGACCGACUACUUAUGAUUCUUUUUGGAGAAGUACUUCCCGAUGACGAUAGCAUCCCUGGCGGCAUCCAGGCCUGAUAAUAAGUGCCCGCGCUUCUCGAAGUGCCGAGCCCGGCCAUAUAUUGCUGUCGGCAAGCUGGUCACUCACACCAAAAUCCCGGCCAUCCGGCAAGCCGGCGCCGCUGAACGGGCGGCUCGCGCUAAAGGCCCCGCCCCCGCGUCGUACUCACGGCCAUCCUCACCGAACCCCCCGAAGAAAGCCAAGGGGUUGGGUUUCGCCGAGGCCGAACGGGAAGCCCAGCGACGGUUCAAGUCACCCACAUCUGGCCCGGUAUUCCCAGGCCCUACGAUCCCCGGCCCCGUCGCACCUGCCCCUGCCCCUGGCCCCGAACUCUGUGCUCGGGCCUAUAUUCGGAGAGAGCCUAGCCAAGUUCUGGGCAUACUAACGGCGUCGUCAAAGUUAGCCAUGUCUGUACAUGUGAUGCAAGACAUAAGAGCAAUAGCAGCUGUCGAAUGCGCCACGAAGGAGUCGGUGGCAGGGCCGUGUCACAGGCUACGAGGCCCCGAGGCCCAACUCCGCCGCGCCCAUCUAGCACAGGCUUAUAAUGCCGAGGCACCUUAUAUAUGUAGCUGGCUCCAGCCCCUGUUUUCAGCUUCUUGAACCAAAGCCCCGUCGCACCCAAUCAACUGUAUAUGAACAGCAGCAGCUAUGAACAGCCAAAUCAAGUCUCUCUUGGAUUUGGUCAUGGGGAAGUCGCGGAUGGGGAAUACAGUGUAUUCAAAGGAGUGGAAUUGCUCGCUGACCUGAGGAUGUAUAAAGCUCUCUUCCUCCCCGAGGUGAGUGAUUACAUAGCCGGCUCAGGACCUAAGACCGUUGCACUAGUGAAGUCAGUCGACGAAAGUGAAUUCGUUAAGGGCUCCAGGAAGAAGCCCGACUAGCACAGCUAUCGAUGCAGGUCGGCGUCUACGAGCUAGAC